AUGGAAUCGAAAGUUACGACUCAAAAUUCCAAAACUCAGAUUCCUCCUACAAAACCGACCAAAGAUUUCUUGAACCGCCUCGAAAUCUACUUGGCCAAAAGAGAUGGUGUAGACAAACUACUCAAAAUCUCACGCUAUGCUACCAAAAUAAUUCUGGCCUCCUCAAUCAUCCCUGAAACGCAAAACCCAUUAAUUAAUCGCCUUAAAUCCUUCGAGUCAAGCGUUGGAAUAAGCCGUAAAGCGUUCCGUUUGGGCAAAUUUGUUCAGGAUGUGAAUGCUUUAAGGACGGCCAACUUUAGUUCUGGGUAUGAUUUGGACUUGUUUCUUUGUUUAAUAGCCUAUGGAGGAGAGGGGUUGUAUUAUUUUAUCGAACAAUUUGUUUGGUUAGGAAAAGCGGGUUUGAUUGAUAAAAGGCAUUUGAAUAGAUUGCAAAAAAUGAGCGCUUGGUGCGAAUUUGUUGGUUAUUUUGGGAGCGUGAGUUUGAAGGUUAGAGAAUUGAGGAAAAUUAGUGAGAAUGAGAGGUGUUUGAUGACGAGCAUUGAACUGUCCGAGUUGAGGGGAAUUGGGUGUGAAGAGGAGAUGGGGAAGUUGAGGAAACUGAGGGAAAAGAAGUUGAUGAAGAAGCUUUCGACAAUUCAGGAUUUGGCGGAUGGAUUGAUGGCAUUGGCUGAUAUUCGAGAUGGUAAAGGAAAGCUUUCCGCGCCGAUGUUGGUUUCAUCAGCCGGGCUUUUGUCUGCUAUCAUCAGUACGCAUAAGAAUUGGCUAGCUUGUUGA